UCAGAAUAAAGUAGCGCGAGUUCCUUCUCCAGCUGAAAGCGCUCGGAGAUCCUGCUCGUCUGCGUGGAGCGGAGCAUCUGCCUCCACAGUCCCCCUACUCUGACCCGAUAAGGCACCAUGGACAGCGCUUUUCAUAACCUGGACGCCGCACUUUUUAUGGACAUUUGGCGACAUUUCGACCGCGACGACAAAGGCUAUGUAGACAGAAAAAUGCUGGAGGACUUUUUCCGACACACGAUGAAGAAGCUAGGAGUCCGCGUCACAGAGGAGAAGGUUCAGCAGAUGAAGCACAGAUUUGCCUCUACUUGUGAUGGAGGAGGACAUGAGCGCUUGCAGAUCCAGGAGCUGGCCAGCAAGAUGCUUCCAGAAGAUGAGAACUUCCUGCUCCUGUUCCGGAGAGAGGAGGCGCUGGAGAGCAGCGUUGAGUUCAUGAGGAUCUGGAGGAACUACGACACUGACAGCAGUGGGUACAUUUCGGCUGUGGAGCUCAAGGAUUUCCUAAAGGAUCUGUUUCUGCAGCACAACAAGGUGGUGUCCCCUGGCCAACUGGAGAAAUACACGGAAGCCAUGAUGAAGAUGUUUGACAAAAAUAAUGACGGCCGGCUGGAUCUGAAUGACUUAGCCAGGAUCUUAGCUUUGCGAGAAAACUUCCUGCUGAAAUUCAAGAUGGAUGCCUGCAGUCAAGAGGACAGGAAGCGCGACUUUGAGGCCAUCUUUGCACACUAUGAUGUCAGUAAGACUGGAGCUUUAGAAGGACCUGAAGUAGAUGGCUUUGUGAAGGACAUGAUGGAGCUGGUCAAGGCCAACAUCAGCAGUGUCGACCUCGAUAAGUUUCGUCACGUGCUGCUGGAGCAUUGUGAUGUCAACCGGGAUGGAAAGAUCCAGAAGAAUGAACUGGCACUGUGUCUGGGGCUGAAGCUGAAUUCGUAACCCCUCCCCCCCACACACACACACACACACACACAGAAGCAGUGCUCCCCCUUUGCCACAGUGUCCCAUGUGGUUGAAAUGACGCAGUGCAACACACUGUCUAACAGCCGCCCGAGGGCUCCUGUGAUGUGAGAUCCCGUGAUCCCGUGUUCCACGCGUGUGUGGACAGGUGUCUGCCUCAGCUUUAGUGAUGUUCUGCAGUGUGUCUGCAUGUCGCUGAGCUGGAUUCAGGUUCAUAUAUGAUGCUUCUCGCCUGUAUCUCAGCAGCUAUGCUUUUCUGUAUUUGAAUUGUCCGAUGUUGUGAUUAUUUAUAACUUAUCUGCGUUAUGGUGAUUUGGCGUAAUCACAGUAAGAGUAGAGUCUGUCUGACAUGGUUGGUCUCGUAAAUGAAAAUAUUCAAGAAAAGCUGUUCCUUGAGAGAUUUUCACUGCCAGUGAAAUAAAGGUA